AGUUAAUAUAAAAAUGUUGUUUCUAGUGAAAUAGAGGACGAUGUUGCUGGUAGUUGUGGGUUUGUUGGCGAGCGCCCACAGCACCCCAGCGCCCUCAGUCGCGACGUGUGAGCGCGCUCCGCCGCACGCCCAGCCCGCUGACAGGCAUUACAAGCUGAGUAUUGCUGGUGAUCCCGAUUUAUAUCUACCUGGAGAACUGUACACUGUAUCUUUACAUGGAGUAGAUAGCGGCGAAGGCCCGACACCAUUUACAGCUUUUACUAUCUGGGCCGAAAUUUACAAACAACACAACGAAAAUGAUAGUAAAGCCAUCAAUGAUACAGUUAACACCACAAAUCAAUCGUUAGGCGUUUUUCAAGCUUAUGAUGCCCAAACUAAGCUAUAUGAGGACUGCAAACCAGCUAUAGGCAAUGCUACUGCUCACCCUAAAACUGAAAUACAGGUUAUUUGGACAGCCCCAAAAACGACCUUAGACGGUUGCAUUAGGUUAUGUGCGCGAGCGUUUCUCGCGAAGCCAAAAAAUGGUCUGGAAGAGCGAUCAUGGUCUGUGUUGGCGCGAAAGCUGUGUCCCGCGCCUGCCGCAACAGUCACCGGGAACCGACAGACUCCUAUCGUGGAGCCGUGUUGUGCUUGUGAUGAGGCUAAAUACGAGGUGACAUUUGAGGGAUUGUGGUCUCGGAACACUCAUCCCCGAGACUUCCCCCCGGAGGCGGCGCGUGCGCACUUCGGAGACGUGAUCGGCGCGUCACACACAGCGCAGUACCGCGUGUGGCAGGAGGGUCGCUCCGCCAGCACGGGGCUACGGCGACUCGCUGAUGAUGGAGCCACUACUGCUCUGGAAAAAGAGCUUAAAGAAGAAAGCGAUCACAUAAGGACAAUAAUCAAGGCACGUGGGAUAUCUUGGCAACAAGUAUCUAGCGGCGGUAUACCGAGCACCUUCGCGGUGUUCCGAGUUGACGCAAAGCACCACCUAAUGUCCCUCGCCGCGAAGCUGGCGCCCUCGCCCGACUGGAUCGUUGGCGUCUCCGCGCUGGAACUCUGCAACGCCAACUGUACGUGGACCAGGUCUGCCACACUGCCUCUGUAUCCCUACGACGCAGGGACUGAUAGCGGCUUGAGUUACACGGCACGCCGUCAGCCAACUUCACCUCCGGCGCCGGUGCGCGCCCUGCGUCCGGACUGGCCGCGCGACCCGCGCUCCCCUUUCUACAACCAGGCCGGCGAGAUGCGGCCUUUUGCACGCCUCAGGCUCUCACGACUGCGGCUCUACGAGAAGAGCUGCGAACCUACAGAGCCGAUCGGGGAGCCAAUACCCGAGGCCGGCGGGGGUUCGUGCGCGACGCAGGCGUGGGGCCAGUGGGGUCCAUGCAGUACGACAUGCGGCCCGGGUCGCGCCGCGCGCCAACGACACUAUAUAUGGCCCGCGCGCGCGCUCACUGAUGGAUGCCGCGCCACACUCACCGAGUACCGCCACUGUAACGGCCCGAGAGCUCACUGCAGGUUGAUAUCGGAGUACGAGGCGGAGCCUGCGGAAAGUCACGGGCCGUGUGCGGUGUCGUCAUGGAGCGAGUGGUCGCCGUGCGAGGGUUGCGGCGUGCGCGCCCGCACCAGGCACUACGUGGUGCCGCGCGCCCGUAAGCGCUGCCACGUAGGCUACCGCGCCCGUACCGUGCUUAGCCAGGCUAUACCCUGCGCCGCUGGACCUUGUAACAAACCUACCGGAAAAUUUGUAAAUGCAACCAACUUUGACUGGUUCUUCGUGGAUGAUCCCAGUUGCGAGUGUGAGGUGAGCGGGUGGGGAGAGUGGUCUCCGUGCUCUGCGCGGUGCGGGCGCGGGCGGCGUGUGCGCAGCCGACUGUAUGUGGCGCAGGACUCGCGCGUGCAGCGACACCUAACACGUCGCCUGCUGCACGAGUGGAACCAGCGCUUUGCUCACAUACAGGAUCUGGAAUCUGCUACGUUGAACAUGACGGCCGAGGACCCCGAGGUGGAGCGGCUGGUGCAAGAGCGGCUGGAGCAAUGUCAGCUCACGCUGACGCAGCAGGAGGCUCUCUGCGACGGCGACGGCGACUGCCAACAAGUUGGAAAACCACAAGACAUCUGUUCGCUACCGGCGGCGGUUGGUCCGUGCCGUGGGUACGAGGAGCGCUGGUUCUAUGACAAGGCGCGCGGCUCCUGCGAGCCCUUCGGCUUCACCGGUUGCGGCGGCAACACUAACAAUUUCCGUACCAGAGACAUGUGCCAGCGGCACUGCCAGCGUCCUCGCAAUGCCACUGUUAAAGCUCAACCUGUUAACGUCGAAACGAUACUAUCUAAAAAAUUGAAGCCAACUCCAUCCCGUGAGGACAAUGAAGUAAUGGUGAAUGACAGACCAGCACUUGUUAAUGUGGACUGUGAGACUGGUCCUUGGCUGGGCUGGAGCGACUGCGUUGGCGACUGUGACUACGCUAUUAAACUUAACUAUCGUGUAAUUGUGCAGACUGGUUCGGGAAUGGGAAGACCGUGUCAGAAGUUGAUAAAAAGCCGGACCUGCAGACCUGGACAUUGUCGAAGACUUUUUGCUUUUACUAAUAAAACUUCUUUAGAAUGAUAUCGUAAUAGAUGAUACUAAAAUUAUAAUUGAUAGAUUUUAUUGUUAAAAAGUAGUGUGACCUGUGUC